AUGGCCACCGCCGCCGCCAACCACGGCAGCAGCAAUGGCAACGGCGCACGCCCAUACAUUUCACCCCCGUCAGAUGACCACGACAGUGACAUGCUGCGCGGGGCGGGCUCCGCGAGCUCCCUCGGUAGCACGGCCUCAUCGGUCUUCACUCACAACUCCAAUGCGUUUGCGCAUAAUCAGGAACAGUCUCUCAACAGCAGGAAAGCGUCGGCCAUUAACGGUCUCACUCCACUCACCAACCACGCAGACUCCUCCCCGACCAAGGGCAACAGUCCGCAGUACUACGCGCAUGCCUCCGCGGGCAUGGUCGUCAAAGCUGCUGACGACGACGCGUCCAAACCUCCGCACAUGCUUGCCGCCGCCGCCUCCUCCUCGGAGCCCACCCCACAGCGCGCGCCUCGCCCGCAGAUGCUUCCGCCACCAGGGACAGUGAAAGGGUACAGAGCGGUAUGGGAUCCGGAAUUGGAUAACAAGCUCAGCAAAGAAGAACGCAGACGUGCGACAUUCAGACAGAAAGAAUUCGGAGCAGAGGCAUACGAACCAGAUCCACCACCAGAUCCUCGGCUGGCCAUUCCCGGCUACAUGUCUGGCCAAUGCAGGCCCAGAUUUGCGCCUAGCAAGGCAAUCAUGCGGAUUGCACCGUAUACUCUGCCACCCUACAAAGUCGAUCGGUAUUCUAUUGGACCCGGUGAGGCACAGCAGGUGGUGGUGGUCGGAUUUGAUCCAUUUCUACCAGAGUCAACAUUGAAGUUGAACUUUGGAACAUUUGGCACUAUCAAUUCAGUGCAGAAUAAAACGGACCCUGAAACUGGCAGCUUCCUGGGAAUUGCCUUGAUUAAGUAUCGAGACUGUGUUCGAGAAGGCAUAGACAUCCCAGCGGUCAAUGCAGCGAAACGAGCCGAAGUCGAAUUCAACGGUGCGCGAAUUGGACUUCACACGGUCAAGGUCGAGUUGGACAGAGAAGGGCGAAAGUGCAAGCGUCAUGUUGAGCAUGUAUUGAAGAAGGCUCGUGAAGAGCGUGCGAAACAUGCUCCUCCAGCCACGACUCUGGYGGAAGCGACACCAGUCAAGGACUCUCCUGCGCCACCUCCCAAUGCGCCUAAAGGACCGUCUGGCAGAUCAAAGGCGAAGCAGAUUGGGAAACCACCUUCAGGUCCUCGAGGAAGCCUGGCCGCUAUCGCGGCAGCGACAACACCAACACCUGCCCCAGAGGUCGCGCCGCGACCUGGCUCUGGCUCCACCAAUGGCAUCGAGGACGAACCGAUUCUCAGUAAGAUCAAGCGAAAGCCAUACAUCCAUAUCCCAAAUCACUCUGUCCCUGUCCUUCCAACGACAAUCCCACAUCUGAAGAAGCGGCUAAAGGCAUAUGAUUGGCGAGAGGUCAGGGUGGAUGCUACCGGAUACUACGUCGUUUUCGAGGACUCCAAACGCGGGGAGGAUGAGACGGAGCGUUGCUUCGCUGAGUGCAACAAAGCAGCGUUGUUCACCUACAAGAUGGGCAUGGAGUGCCAAAAGUACGGCAAUCCCGAUUAUGAGAGGAGCCCGAGUCCAGAGCGUGCCAUGGCCGUCAAGCAGAAGCGCGAGGUGAUGGAGCGUCUGCUGCGCGAGGAGGCCGAAGACUUGGAGAUUGAGAAGAAGAAUCGGGCUGAGAACCUCGAUCCGGUUCAAGGAGCCCUCGAUCAACUCCGCGUUGAGCUUCGAGACAAGAUCAUGGGCGACAUCAAAACGAGGGUCGCAAUACCAAUAUUCCACGACAGCCUGGAUCCGUCGCGGCAUGUCGCGAAAAGAAGAAAGCUUGGCCUCCCAGAUCCUUCGGACAAAGAGAACAAAGGCUCUUCUCUUCUUCUCAGCAAUCUGAACAAAGCUGGAGACAUGCACUCCGACGCGUCCAAGUCUCGCCGCGGGCAUCCUUUGUCGCACUCGAAGAAGCCUCUCCGACCGCACGACCCCAACCAGCAGCGAGGUAGAAGAGGCGGACGCGAGCGAGAGCCCAGUAAUGCAUUUGCUGAUGAGAGAAGACGCAAUAAGCCUGCACCAAAACCUCCUCACGCAAGAGGCCUACAUUUCCGACUUCAGCAAAUGUUUGUCGAGGAGGAGGACGACGAUUCCGACGAUGAGCGCCACACAUCGGGCACACGCGAUACGGAGGAUCAAGAAAGUAGGCCGCUCAGCCGUGCCAGUCGUAAUUCGACGCCGUUCGACUCGGAGUCUGUCGCAGACGCGGACACGCMAAAGCAUAAGCGGAGGAAAGUGGACGAUUGGGACCAGGAAGAAGACGAAGCGUUUGACACCUUCCACAAAGAGAUGCUCGGUCACCUCUUGCAUAAGCAGCCUGAGGAUCUUGCAACUCGGGAGCUGGAACUCGUCGUGAAUACUCUCCCGCGGACUUCCAAGUAUGCGAUGCGCGCCAAGAACGAGCUUUUCAUUCGACAACGAUCGAAGGCCGACGACGAUCUAUUCCAAGUGAAGAAGGAUAUUGGCACAGUCGGCGAAGGUGCACGAAAGGAAUUGGAAAGCACACCUUCUGUCGCUGGGGACCACGAGGCCGGUGUCGCCAAGGAGAAGCGAGUGAGGAAGCGUCCGAAGAGCAAGAAGCAGAUUUUCGAGGAGCGCGAAGCACUCAAAGCCGCUGCGAAGACAGCCAGGGAUACCGGCAAGCCGAUCGCAGAGGAGACAGUCUCGAAGAUUGAACAGAAAGAGCUCGAGAUUGAGACACUCGAGGUGGUUGAAACGAGAGACAAAGACGUCGCACUCCACCUGACAUACGAUAAGCCACGUCGGACUGUGGAAGAAAGCAGAUCCAUCUUGCUCGACAUUGAUGGCUGGCAACAGUAUGUCAAGGACGAAGAGGAUAUGGCGUUUUUGAGAAAAGCCCUCGAACCGCAGUUCGCGUACGACAUUGGGGAUGCGAAGCUCUGGGCUUGGAAGCAAAAGGAGAUCAAGGCACUCAACAGUGGAACCAGUGCGCCUGGCGUCAGUCAGCCGCAGGCACUGAUUUCCGGAUACUACGUUCCCAAUCCAUCUGGUUGCGCACGCACCGAAGGUGUCAAGAAGAUCUUGAACGAGGAGAAGUCUAAGUACCUUCCCCAUCGCAUCAAGGUUCAAAAGGCACGCGAGGAGCGUCAAGCUGAAGCAACGGCCACUCCGACUGCCGACGCCGAAGCAGCAAAAGCAGCGAAGAUUGUGGCCGCGGAGAAGAUGGCGAGUACCGCGACGUCACGCAGCAAUCGUGUCAACAAUCGCCGCCUUGUCAACGACAUCAACCUGCAAAAACAAGUUCUGGCAACAGCCAACAGCGACGCCGACGUGGCGAUUCGCUUUAAUCAGUUGAAGAAACGGAAAAAGCUCGUCAAAUUCGACCGUUCUGCUAUUCACGGCUGGGGCCUAUAUGCAGAAGAGAACAUCGCCGUCAACGACCUCAUCAUUGAGUAUGUGGGCGAGAAAGUCCGGCAAAAGGUCGCCGAUAUGCGAGAGAUUCGAUACGAGAAGCAAGGCGUGGGUUCCUCAUACCUGUUCCGCAUGAUCGACGACGAAAUUGUCGACGCGACGAAGAAGGGUGGCAUUGCGAGGUUCAUYAACCAUUCUUGCAGCCCAAAUUGCACAGCGAAGAUCAUCAAAGUCGAAGGCACGCCCAGGAUUGUGAUAUAUGCUUUGAAAGAUAUUGGCAAAAACGACGAGCUCACUUAUGACUACAAAUUCGAGCGCGAAAUCGGUUCGACCGAUCGCAUUCCUUGUCUCUGCGGAAGUGCGAACUGCAAGGGCUUCUUGAAUUGA